AUGGAUAUUUUAAAAAAGGUUUUUCAAAGCAUCACUAUCCCUUCAAUACAAGGAUAUGACUUUGAAAAGGAUUGCAUACUUACAGUUGGGUAAUGGAGAGUUUAUAAUGCAAAGAAUAAACAAAGACUUGGUUCUGUUUGGCUAUGUGAUUAGAGCAAAUAAUUUUAAAUAGCCAAAAAAGAAUACAUCAGUAUGAUUAAAUUAAAAUACCCUGGAAUUUUGCAAGUGCUUGAACCACUUGUAGAAGAAAAAUCUCAUAUAGGAUUUGUCACUGAGAGAAUAGAGUGUACUCUAAGUUAAGCCUUAAACGAUAACAAAUAUGUAUUGUCAGAUAUAGAAAUGAAAUUGCAUAUAUUGGAAAUAGUAGAUGGAUUAUAAUUUUUGCAUAAUAAUGUUCGACAAGUUCACUUAGAUUUGUAACCAGAAAAAAUUUAUUUUACAGAUAAUGGAAAAUGGAAGAUUGGAGGUUCCCCAUUUUAAUAAUAAAUUUUAUCCUCUAUCGUUGAUUGUUAAAUUAGCUCUGGAUAUAAUAUAUUAUACACAGCUCCUGAAAUUGUAUAGUAUUUUAAUUUAUUAUAGCUUUCUUCUAAGUAAUAAUGUGGAUAUUCUACAGAUAUGUUUUCAUUAGGAAUGAUCAUAUUGAGAUUAAUGAGAUUAAAAAAUAAUCGUGUACCUUUUCCAGAAACUCAAGAUUAGGAUUCUUAUUUAAAAUUUAUCAAAAGUUUAGAUCUAAUGAGAUAUAAAGAUGUCCAUUAAGAAUCAUUUUUACAAUUUUUAGGAUUAAUGCUAUCUCCUUAAAUGAAUAAUAGACCUACAUUAUCUUAAUUUGUAUAAAUUGAAUGGUUUAAAGAUCCAUAUUUAAUAACAUUUAAUAUCUUAAACAAAUUACCAGAAUAUGAUAUGCAAUAAUAAAUUGUGUUUUUUAAGGGAUUAUCUAGUGUAAUUUUUAAUUUUGAAAAAUCAAUCCUUAAAAAAAGACUUUUACCAAUUGUUUUAGGAUUAACCUAAUAUGAUCAUUUGUUAACUGCAAUAGUAUAAAUUAUUCUUGAAACUAUGAGAAGAGAAGAUAUAAUAAAUUCAACUUAAUUUUAAUCAGAAAUUUGGCCUAAACUUAAGUAUUAAUAUUAACUUUAUAAGAUAAAUCAUUUCUGGAAAGGAAAUACCUGCCUAGGUAUUGUAUGAUUUAGUUCUUGCUUUGCCUGUUUUUCAUAAAUAUAUAAGUUAAAAAGAAGUUUAAGAACAUUUGAUACCAUUAUUGAUAAAAUGUUAUGAAUGCAAAGUUCCUAAAUUAUAAGAUUUAGGAAUUAGAGUUACAGAGUUUGUUCUUGAAAAUAAUGAUUAUACCUUUAGUAAAACUAAAAUUUUACCAAGAAUUUUUGUACUUGCAUUAGAUUAAAACAUAGAAAUAAGAAAAACUACACUAAUUUGUAUUUAUAAAACAUUAAAUGUAAUGGAUGCUGAUUUAGUUUUAAAUUCAUUAGAAAAAGUAAAGGCUUUGGGGACAGAUCGAUAAUUAAAUUAAAUUGUCUUAAAAAUAUAUCAAUCAUUAUCCAAAAUUUUAUCAAUAGAUUAAGUAUCUUAAAAAUUAUUACCAUAAAUAACUCCAUAUUUAACAGAUCCAACUCUUUCAAAAUAAGAAUUUAAUGAAUAUUAUGAUACCUUAUAAUAAAUGUUAGCUAGAAUUAAAAGUGAGAAAGAAAAAAACCUUAGUGACUAAAGCAUCAAUGUUAUACAAGUUGAUUAUAAAUUAGCUUUGCCUGAACCAAAGAGAUUAGUUGAUAAUAAAAAUGUAUAGUUUGAAUUUCUUAAUCAAUUUGAUUAAAGAUUAACAUCCAUUCCAGAUAAACCAGUAAUUCAAGAAACUCCUACCUAACCUGCAGCAAUAUAAUAAAAAGAUUAAGUACCAUAAUUUUAAAAUUAAUAACCCCCUAUUAUUUAGCCAUCAACUUAACCAGCAUUUCCUAUUUAAGAAAAUAAUAGUUUCAAUACAAUGCAAUUAGGCUAACCUGUAACAUUAGGGAUGCCCAUUGAUUCAUUUUAAUAGCAUUCUUCUCUAAAUUUGUUCAAUUAACCUUAAUUAGGUAUUGUAUAGACUCCUCCUCUUCAAUAAAAUUAAUAAUUGAAUUAAUUUUCAAUGUAACCUACUUAAUAGUAAAAUCCUUCUUUAGGACUUUAUUCAAAUUCAUUUUAAUAAUAAACAACAUUUGGAUAAUAAUAAUAAAAUGCCUUUCAAAAUCAAACCUAAUAAAAUUAAGGAUAGUAAAAUCAAGCAAAUUAAUAGGACGUUAAAAAAUUAAGUACUCGACCAUUAUAUUCAAAUAAUAAUAAUCCAUAAUAAUAAUAAUAAUAAUAAUAAUAAUAAUAAUAAUAAUAAUUUUUCUAAUAACCUUAAAAGUAAGAAAAUAAUUUUUUUGAAAAAAGUAAUGAUCCCUGGAGUGCUUUUAACUAAGGUACCACACAAGAUCCUUGGGCAUAAUUUUAAAAUCCGGUAAUUUAAAAUUAAAAUUAAAAUUAACCUUAAAAUUAAAAUUAGGGAAUUUGGGGAAUUUAAUAAUAAACCUCAUAAUAGACUUAAAAUCAACAAUCAUUAAAGAAUAAGUAUGCCAGCUUUGAUGAGUUAAUAUGA